AUGAGCGGGGACGGCGUUGGAGUUUACGGCUCGAAACGGGAUGGGGCAACAGGUGGCGUUGCUAAAACUAAAAGUACCGAACAAAUGAUGCGAGAGGCGAAUGAGAAUUUGUUGCGUGCGUUGCGGACAAACACCUCCACGAACGAGGCCGGAUAUGCCACCAUGCAAGAGCUAAGUAGGCAAAAGGAAACAAUUACAAACUCUGUGGAACACGUGGGGGAAACGCGAGGAGAACUGCGCGAAGCGCGUAGGAUUAUUCGAGAUAUUCGCCUGCGUGUGUACAAGGAGUGGGUUAUCAAGGGUCUUGUCUUAACUUUGCUCUUCGUAUUGGACGUAUACCUCUUCUACAGGAAGUUUCUGGGGAAAGUUUAG